UGGUCUAUUAUGCAAUUGUAAGUUAACUAAUUAUUCAUCAAGUCUUGUGGGUGGUAAUAACCAAAAAAAAAAAAACCACUACCGUAUGCAAUUCGAUCAUUCGUUUACUGGGAAGCCGAUCAAAGGAUGAUAUUCUGCAAACAAAAUCGAUUAAUCGCUAUUAAUAGCUAAUGAUCAUCACGGAAAGGAUAAUGUACCCUUAUCAUAGUUGUACCGUGUAGGUACAUUUUAUCAUUUACCAUUCAGUGAUGCAAGCAUAUACGGGUCGAGUGGAAAAAUAAUUGCGUUGGUAACACUGAGUGCGCGUUACCAACGCUAAUUGAGUAGGGCGCCCCUCCACCCUACAACGACCCUUCGAGUUGCUAGGGAGCUCAACCCCUCGUUUUGCCAUUGGUUCAAAAUCCAAAUGGCACCCUUCGCCAUUGUUCCUGUAUACAGCGAUCAAUACUUUUCCAAGGACAUAAUUGUGCUAUCGUGCGCAUUUUGCAAUCCUUCGGGCAUUACAGUAGCUGUUGUGUCGCCGAGCUGUUGAAUGUAUUUUCAAUCUUAAUGCACAUGAUAUAGUGAAAUUCGUUAUUCGUGAGCCGUUCACUUGCCAGUUUCCGCCACUUGUUCCACUCUAAGAUGUAUUGGACUGUUCAUUUGCACGGUGGUCCACGACGGGUCAAUCAUGCUGCAGUAGUUGUUGGCACUAAUAUAAUCACGUUCGGUGGCGAUUGCAGUGGAGCUGACGACGAUGGACCAAUAGAUAUAUACGCAUUGGACACAGUCAAGUUGAAAUGGUGGAAGAUAGAAGGAGACGAAAACAAUGAAAAUGCGCCGUUCCAGAGGUCUGGUUUUACCACGGUGGUCUAUGACAAAAAAAUAUACUUGUGGGGAGGAAGUAAUGACAGCCGAGUAUGCAACACUUUGUAUUGUUUUGAUACGGAAACUUUGAAAUGGUCUAUACCAGAUGUUCGUGGAACCAAACCUGCACCCAGAAGCGGCCAUUCUGCUUGUAUGAUAGGCCGACGGAUGUACAUUUAUGGAGGAUGUCACGAUGGUCAAUUUUCUCAAGAGCUGAGCAUGUUUGAUUUCGGCAGAAUGAGAUGGCAUAGAAUUAGGACGGAGAACGAUCCACCGUCGUUUAGAGAUUUCCAUACUGCGAGUGCUGUCGGUGACAGAAUGUACAUAUUCGGAGGUCGCGGUGGUCACAUUGUAGAAAACGAAAUAGACCAUGAAAUCUAUUGUUCAGACGUGCAUUAUUAUGAUACAAAAUUAAACAUAUGGGUGCGCCCUACCGUACAAGAUGGAUAUAAACCACCUGGACGACGAAAUCAUUCUACGUUCGUUCACAAUCAAUUUCUGUAUCUGUACGGCGGAUUCGAAAAAAACGAAAACACCCAUUUCGAAGACAUUUACCGUUACAACGUGGUCAGCUCAACGUGGUCCAAGGUAUCGCCAGUGGGCACUGCUCCUUGUGCCCGGAGACGACACAUUUGUUUGCUAGUCAACGACAAGGUGUUCGUAUAUGGUGGACUCAGCCCGAUUUCAGACAACCAUAUAAUAUCAAUGAGACGAAGUCGAUUUCGCUUUACCAGCAGAAACCGGCUGAAACAUCACGACGAUCUUCACGUGUUGGACCUAAAUCCCAGUCUGAAAGAUAUGUGUCUGGUUAAAGUAUGCGAGUACGUGGACGAAGGCGAUAUUAUUGCUCCGGACGACCUUGUCAUCCCUGCGACAUUACAAAAAGAUUUAGCUUUUUUCCAACCACUCGAAAUCUUUAAUUUAGCAAUAACAGAUACUGAAGACGAAGACGAAGAACAGUAUGAGCUAUUCUUCCCGCCAUGACAAGAUGGAACGAUACAAGUUUUUUUAAUCAGUUCUUAUUUAGUACCAAUUUAAAAAAAUAAGUUUAAAAAAAAUAUCUCAUAUUAUGUACCUGCCUACCUAUUUAUUUGUA